AUGUAUCAGUUCGGUUUGUUUCAUUCAUCUUUGGUCACUAUCUCGUAUCAACUUCGUCCUUUCUCCUCGCUACAAAAUCAUCAAACACAUCACCAAGUCCCUCCACUCACUCUUUUCAACACUAUCACUUAUGCUUACAUAAACAAAAAGAUCACAAUUAAAGAAUCACUCAUCUUCACCACCACUCUACUUCUGGUCACCUUCUUCUAUUCCAUCACCACUUCAGCCCAGUUGUCACCACUUCAGCCUCAGGCACCAUCGCCUCCCAAAGCUUCACCUGCUGUUCCGGCGACUGUACCAGCGCCUGGAUUCAAUACGGUGCCCUUGGUACCUGCUUCACCAAAUGGUGCUCCGACUCCGGCCAUGACCAAACGUCCCACCAUUGACAUUGUUCAAAUUUUGAGGGAGGCCAAAGAGAUUCCAUGUUCUUGUACGUUUGCUGAAGGCAACAUAGCUCACCAACCAACUCAACUCGCAGCUCAUGACCUCAUGCUCCAGCAGACUGUCGCGAAUCCUUCGGGAGCCUCACAAAUGGUGUGGAAUUUAUAA